AUGGUUCGCGCGCAGCUGGGGCGGACGGCGUGCGCAGUUCCCGCGGCACGCGACAGGGCGCCCUGCGCGCCGUGCAGCGCCCCUCAGCGCCGGGCGCCGGACCGUCAAAGCUCGUGCCUGCAGGGUGGGCAUCUCUUGGGCCGCCGUGCGUGCCGGCCCGCAGCGACGCCGGAGGGGCGCUCGCGGGCGACGGUCGCGCAGUACAGGAUCGGGAGCACGUCGAACGGCGCCGGGGACUGCAUGAUCGACCUUGACGAGCCCGUGAUCCGCGCUCGGCAUCUAGGCCUGCGGUCGCGGCACAAGCAGCUCCUGUUUUCCGGCCUGAGCCUGUCCGUCGAGCCCGGGACGGUCACGGUCGUCCACGGCCCGCCCGGGUCCGGCAAGACCUCGCUCCUGGACGUCCUCGCCGGGACCGUCGACCCGUCCGCAGGGUCGGUCGCGUGGCAAAACGGGGCGUCGUUCGCCAGGGUGGGCCACCAGCGCACGCACCUGGACCCGGACGCGACCGUCCCCGCGGCGUUCGCGUCGAUCAUGGAGUCCGCGCCGUUCCAGAUCCUCUGCAACCCCGACGCGGGCGACGCGGGCAUGCACCUGACCGCGCCGCUGUUUGUGGGCGCGGCGCACGCAGCGUGGGUCGGGACGUUGCACGACGACGCGCCGACGCGGGGGCUGCCGUCCGGGCGCGAGAUCGUCGCGGCGCUGUCGGACGGCAAGCUGCUGGACCCGGCGCUGAAGGUCUCGGACCUGUCGCCGGGGGAGCGGCAAAUCGUGCGCGUGGCGGCGAUGCUGUGUCUGCUGCCGCGGGUGGACGUGCUCCUGGUGGACGACCUCACGCACGGCAUGGACAUGCGCCUCGCGAAGAGCGUGCGCGAGAUGGUGGCCCUCGCGGCGCGCACGCUGGGCGUGGCGGGCACGGAGGUGUACGGGGGUGUCGGGGGACUCAGUCCCGACUGCGCGGGGGCGUCGCUCGUGGUGACGUGCUCGGACAGCCGGGACGCCUCCGCGCUCUCGGAGGUGCUCGAGAGCGAGUCCCUCGCGGUGCACGCCGUCACGCUGCCGGGCCCGCGGUGCGACGAGGAGUGCCGCGUGUCGGCCGCGGCGUCCGCGUGGGUGCUCGGCGGCCAGGGCAGCGCGGGGGAGUUCUCGGAGGAGGACGACUCGGAGUGCUACGCGUGGGCGGCGAACUGCGCCAGCGGCGGCGAGGAGGCGCAGAUCAAAACGGAGGAGGAGCGGCAGCGGCGCCCCCGGCCGGUGAUGGUGGACGUGCGCGACGUGACGGCGCGGUGGCGCGGGCGGACGAUCGUGGAGAACCUGUCGCUGCGGGUGCGCCGCGGGGACACGAUCGGGAUCGUCGGCCGGUCGGGCGCGGGCAAGUCGAGCCUACUGGACAUCCUGGGGGGGUUUUGGACGCCCCGGGAAGGCAGCGUGGUGAUCCCGCGUGGCGCGCGGAUCUCGUACGUGCCGCAGCACCAGGACCCGCGCAAGGAGCCCCUGCUCGACGGCAAGUCCUCCCCGCUCCAGUACAUGGACUUCCGCGCGCGCCACAUUGAGUCGGACAGCGAGGCGUUCCUUGACACCACGGACGACUCCGACGACAACGUCCCGAACCUCUUCAACGGCGCGCAGGCCCGCGACCUCCUCAUCGCGCUCGGCGUGCCCCCGAACCGCCUCACCACGCCGUCCCUGCGCCUGUCGGGCGCGCAGCGCGGCGUGCUCCGCCUGGCGGGCGCGCUGGCGUCGCAGCCGGACCUGCUGCUCCUGGACGAGCCCACGCCGUGCCUGGACGAGGACGGCCGCGCGAUGUUCGCGCAGAUGGUCUCGAUGUUCCCGGGCGCGACGCUCGUGGCCUCGCACGACCCCCUCUUCCUGCGGGAGUGCCGCUGCACGCUGUAUGUCGAGAUUCAGGAGGGCGGCGCGGUGGAGGUGUCCCCGAGGAUGCCCCGGUGGAUGGCGACGUCGGUCGCCGGCGGCGUCAACACGCCGGACCCGUUCGCCAGGGACCCCAAGCGGAGGGCCGCCAUGUUCGACGACCCGCACGGACCCUCGCCGCUGUACAAUUGA